UUUGGACUUCUCUAUUUCUAACUCCCAUUGUAGACAGGCAGCUCUGUCCCCAACGUCCUCUGAACGCAACUGCCAGCAGCACCAGAAAUGGGUGACCAUCUGACUGCCUACUCGGACAUGACAUUUGAUCAUUCUAAAAGGCAGAAACCUGGAGACAAAGUGGUACAGAAGGAAAUGACAAUGUACUCUGAGCUGAUGUUUCAGAAAAUAUCUGAGCAGAAGAGAAGCACAAGGCCUCAGCGAGCAGAAGGCAGAGGGGCUGAUGGCAACCUAAGCCCAUUGAGGAGAAAUAAAGAUCCUUCAGUUUCAUCUCUUCAAUGGCAACUCACUGCAGUUAUUUUUGGGAUCCUCUGCCUCAUUUUAUUGGUAGCAACUGGAGUUUUGGGUAUCAUAGUCAUGGAGCUGAGCCAAGAGAAGAAAGACCCCACCCAGUGUCUGAAGUCCUGCCCAGACCCAAACAGAAGCGUUCCAGGAUUGCCACUGGAUCAACCUCCUGACAAAGAGAAGUGUCUGGUGCGGUGGAGUCACACAGAGAAAAGAUCCUACCUCUUUUCCUCUGAAAACAGACCUUGGGCACAGUGUAAUUCCUUCUGCAGUUCUCACUCUGCCAGCCUACUCAAGAUUGACAGCCAAGAUGAGCUGGAUUUCACCAAGAAGGAGUCAUUUGAGUAUUCUGAAGAACGUGGAAGUGCUACGUACUACUACCCAUUCUGGACUGGAUUGUCGUACAACUCUGAAACAAAGACAUGGGUCUGGGCGGAUGGCACAGGUGUCUCCCCUGGCCUGAUUAAUCCCUUGGUCCCCAGUCAUGGAAAUGAUGCAGGUGGCACUUGCGUGUAUGUCCAAAGUGCGACGUUUAAGCCAGACACAUGUGAACAAACUCGAUUUUGCAUUUGUGUGAAGAUGAAAGCAGCAGGAACAAACUAAGUGCAUUGACCCAGAGACAGGGAACAAUCUAGUCUUGCUGAACUGCAGAAGCUGUGAGGCCUGGGCUUUCCAGAGGUGCCCUCGGGAUACUCCAUAUCAUCUAUCUGCUACAGGAAUUUGCUUCUGAAAAUAAACAUCUCCCC